AUGCCUUGGCGAGGCCGAGUGGAAAACCCGUUAGCCGCAGGCGCUCGUGUCUCCCCCACGAGUGACUGCGGCGCUGCUAUUCCAUCCCACAGCCCGCUGUGGUUCGCACUGGAAAAUGCCAUUCGACCGUUCGGCUACAACUCCCUGGCAGACCUCGCCACGACUUCCCCACAAGACAGCUCGUCUGGGGAGACUUCGCAGGGCGUCUCCUCGUGUCCGCGGUGCGAUUUGAAUGAGGCCCUGCUGAAGGCCAUAGCCAACGUGCUUCUGGUGGAGCUGAGUGGAGGGCAGGAGACACCGCCUGGUGGAGAUGGGGCAAGUGGCUCCUCUUCUGGGAUGGGGCGCUCACGCGGCGUUGUUGAGGUGCUCAACUGCUCCCCGCUGCAAUCCUUCACCGGCAGUAACACAGGGGCCGCUGGCGCCGACGCUGCCAUGCGCAGCGGACAGUCUCAGGCGGCAGGUUUCAUCGCCUUGUCCCCUUCCUUCACGCUGGGGGUAUCUAGUACAUUUACCUCAACCUCUGGGAGCAUGCACGCGAGCACGAGCUCAUGGUUGCGGGACUUUCUUUCCCCGAAGUCGCCGUCAAAGGAAAAACAGUUCCCGCUGCGCAACAUGGAUAGUUUGCGUCAGAAACGUAGUAUGUUACAAUCCCCGCCGCUAUCCGGGCCGACGAGGAGCCGGCUGCGAAGCCGCACAUCGAGCAUGACGACAUCCAUUAGUGAAGCAACGUCAGCCUGGCGGCGCACCACCACAUACAUUGGGCGCGGUGCCUCCUACUCCAUGCUGACCUUCUCAUCUCCAGAAGAUAUUCCACGCGUGAAGGAGACGGGUAAAACGGUGUUUGGUCGAAAAGACGACAAGCGGACAAUUAAUGAUUAUGUGGUGCUGCGCCGGAUAGGUCAGGGUUCGCAUAGUCGAGUUGCCUUGGUUCAGCACCGAGAGACAAAGGAAUCCUACGCGAUGAAAAUUAUGCGACUCGGUCCUAAGAUCGAAGAACGACGAGUUAGGGCAAUUCGUUCCGAGAUUGCCGUGAUGAAGACGGUGGCGCACCCCCACCUUGUGCGGCUCCAUGAGGUAAUUGGCGACAAAACACACAAAACAAUCUUCUUGAUUAUGCAGUAUAUUUCUGGCGGUGGUGUUGCACGAGCUUUGUCUCCUGACAAAGUGGAGCCCAUACCAGAAGAGCGGUUGCGUCGCUAUACGAGACAGAUACUCUCUGCUUUGAAGUAUCUUCACUCGCAUGGAAUAUUCCACCGAGACAUCAAACCUGACAAUAUCCUAGUGGACGAAAAGGAUAAUGUGUUUCUUGCCGAUUUUGGCGUUAGUGCAGUAAGCACUGGUCGCGGUGUCCCGGGUGUUGAAGGGACUCCAGCGUUCAUGGCACCUGAGGUGUGCAGCGGCAAGCUGGAGGUGGUCGGGGAGCUCGUCGACGUAUGGGCACUGGGCGUCACGCUCUAUCAACUCAUGUACGGCAUCCUUCCGUUCCAGGCAAUGACAUACUUACAGAUGACGCGUGAGAUUGUGAAUAGCCCUGUGCUUUUCCCCGACGAGAUUCAAAAAAAAAGUCCACUUGUGUCUUCUACCAUGCGCCCGAGCCUCGAAGAAAUGGACUCUGUCCCUUCAGUCAACGAGGAUACCGAGGAUAGAAGCAGUAGCAGUGAGGAUGAAGGUGAUGCUUUUUUGCAUUGUAGUGUCACAUCCUCGAAAGAAUUCAAGGAGCUGAUUCGUGGUGUGCUCUCCAAGGACCCCGACAAACGGUGGACGUUGCGUCGCAUCGGCGAGGCCGCGUGGCUGAAGGGCAUACCCAAAAUUAGCAAUAAGCUGGUGGUGCAGCAAAAGACGCACGAUCGGGGUCUGGCAGGCACCCGGACGCUCUGCAGGGCGCCCCUCUCCGUCAAGCCAGUCUUAACGCGCGCUCGGCAGAUGUGCGGCGGGAAGGAAAAAAACGCCGCGGACCCGUCGAGGUCAGUGGGGAAGCGGCCUACUUUCAGACUUCAGCCGAUGCCGACUCCGCCACGCAGUGACCUUUCUGCCAACGGCGUCGAGGGGGAAACAAAACCGGCCCCGCGCCAAAUGACAACGUACGAAGCCCACCCACCUACUCGGGAGAGGUCAUGGAAAAAAAUUUUUGCAUUUACAUCCCGAGGGAAGAACAAUGCAUCAGCGCCGCGGUGA